AUGUCACCGCCAGCACCCAGCACACCGACCCGCCCCGCGCGGUCCUCCCCUUCGAGCGCGUCGAGCCAAUCCCUUCCCCCUCUCACCCCAGACACCUUCACUCCGGUACGCGAUCACUCUCUCGAUACUCCAGGCACGCCACCCACCACCUCUCCCUCGCGUCGCAAGUCCACCGCAAGCAUCCAUACUCGUCGCAAGCCCGUCCCCCUCUCCCCAGAACAUGACAUCGCCCUCGAAGACCUCCGUGGUCGGGCCCUCAACACUCCCACUACUGCAGCCACCGAUCCCUUCUCGGACACGCGGUAUGCCCCUUCCACCUCCUCGGUCGAGCCUCCGCGCUAUGUCCUCGACGUUGCGCCUCCGCCCACAUACCAUACCGGGCAUGCCUCCAGCUCGCAGGCGAUGUACGUGGAGAGCGGGCUACCGAGCGCGGCGGUCAGCAGAGAGCAGCUGCCUGUGUAUGCGGAGGAUGUGCAGACGGAGCCGGAUACCUUAGCGAGGAAGUGCUGGUUGUGGGGGUUCCUGUUCCCGAUUCUGUGGCUUGUUGGGAUGUCGAUCCUGUGCAUCCCGCUCAAACCGGUGGAUGAGGAAGAGGACGUCGAUAAGGCUCAAAAGAUGGAGGAGAUGAUUGUCAUCCUGCGCAAGGUCGAGCUCAAAUAUGCCCGCCGUUGCGCCUGGUCCUUCGCAGUCUUCGCCGCCCUGCUGUCUCUGGUCAUCGUCAUCGCCGUGGUCGUCUCUCGCUUCAGCAGAUAG